UUUUUUCAAUUUCGGAUCCAUUGAUCUCUUUGAUCGGAAAUUAAACUCAACCACCAAUUCCUCCCAUGGCGGCAGUCACUGUGGCCGCAGAAUGGCAGCUCCUCUACAAUCGCUACUACCGGAAACCUGAAAUUUACCAGAUGCAAUGGAAGCACGUCGACCUCACGCGCAACAAAGUCGCCUGCGCUCCUUUCGGUGGUCCAAUCGCCGUCAUCCGUGACGAUGCUAAGAUCGUCCAGCUCUACGCCGAAUCUGCCCUUCGUAAGCUCAGAAUUUUCAAUUCCGCUGGUGUUCAGAUCUCCGAAACAGUCUGGAAGAAUCCCGGGGGUCGACUUAUCGGUAUGUCAUGGACUGACGAUCAAAUUCUAGUUUGUAUCACUCAGGAUGGUACUGUUUAUCGUUAUAACAUCCAUGCCGAGCCUAUUGAACCGAAUUCUCAGCUUACGUUAGGCGCAGAUUGUUUUACUCACAGUGUAGUUGAGUGUGUUUUCUGGGGAAAUGGUGUUGUUUGUAUCAAUGAGGCGUUUCAGGUUUAUUGUAUACCUGAUUUUAAUAAUCCAAAACCUGUCAAAUUGGCGGAUACUGACUUGGAGGAUUUUCCUUUAUGUAUGGCUGUGAUUGAACCACAGUAUACUAUGUCUGGCAAUGUGGAGGUACUGAUGGGUGUUGCUGAUCAUGUGCUGUUGGUGGAAGAGGAUGGCGUUCAGGAGGUUGGACUUGGAAUUGGGCCUCUACAGAAAAUGGUGGUUUCCCAGAAUGGGAAGCUCUUGGCAUCUUUUACACAUGAUGGAAGGCUUCUUGUUAUGUCCACGGACUUCUCCAGUGUCAUUUUCGAGUAUCCUUGUGAGUCAGCCCUACCCCCUGAGCAGCUAGCUUGGUGUGGAAUGGACAGUGUACUACUCUACUGGGAUGAUAUGCUUCUAAUGGUGGGUCCUUAUGGAGACCCUGUACGCUACUUUUAUGAUGAACCAGUUCUCCUUAUCCCUGAAUGCGAUGGCGUUAGAAUACUCUCCAAUAUGAGUAUGGAAUUUCUUCAUCGAGUUCCAGAUUCAACUGUCUCCAUAUUUCAGAUUGGCAGCACACUACCUGCAGCUUUGCUUUAUGAUGCCUUAGAUCAUUUUGACAGGCGGAGUGCCAAGGCUGAUGAGAAUCUGAGACUGAUACGGUCUUCGCUGCCCGAGGCGGUUGAGGCAUGUAUUGAUGCAGCAGGUCAUGAAUUUGAUGUCUCACAGCAACGGACGCUUUUAAGAGCAGCAAGCUACGGCCAAGCCUUUUGCAGCCAUUUUCAACGGGACCGCAUUCAAGAGAUGAGUAAAACUUUACGAGUACUAAAUGCUGUACGUCACCCAGAUAUUGGCAUUCCGCUCAGUAUUCAACAGUAUAAGUUGCUUACACCUACUGUUCUGAUUGCUCGUCUUAUUAAUGCUCAUCGCCACCUUCUUGCACUACAAAUAUCAGAAUAUCUUAGUAUGAAUCAGGAGGUUGUAGUCAUGCACUGGGCAUCUACAAAGAUAACAGCAUCGGUGGCAAUCCCUGAUGCCACUCUUCUAGAGAUGUUACUUGAUAAGCUGAAGAUAUGCAAGGGAAUAUCUUAUGCUGCAGUUGCUGCUCAUGCGGAUAAGAAUGGCCGUCGGAAGUUAGCUGCCAUGCUUGUUGAACAUGAGCCACGUUCAUCUAAGCAGGUUCCUCUCUUGCUAAGCAUUGGAGAAGAGGAUACUGCUCUAAUGAAGUCAACUGAAAGUGGUGAUACUGAUUUGGUUUACCUUGUCCUCUUCCAUAUCUGGCAGAAGAGACCAGCUUUGGAGUUCUUUGGGACAAUACAGGCCAGACCUCUAGCUCGUGAUUUGUUUGUUAAUUAUGCACGGCAUUACAAGCAUGAAUUUUUGAAGGACUUUUUCCUAUCUACGGGGCAACUUCAGGAUGUAGCUUUUCUGUUAUGGAAAGAGUCAUGGGAAUUGUCUAAGAAUCCCAUGGCUAGCAAAGGAUCUCCACUUCAUGGUCCAAGAAUAAAACUCAUUGAGAAGGCCCAGCAUCUAUUUGUAGAAACAAAGGAAUAUGUUUUUGAAUCAAAAGCUGCUGAGGAGCAUGCAAAAUUGUUAAGGAUGCAACAUGAGUUUGAGGUGACUACAAAACAGGCCAUCUUUGUGGAUUCAAGUAUAAGCGAUACAAUUCGUACAUGCAUUGUGCUGGGUAACCAUCGUGCUGCCAUGAAAGUCAAAACAGAAUUUAAGGUAUCUGAAAAGAGAUGGUAUUGGCUUAAAGUUUUUGCUCUGGCAACAAUUAGGGAUUGGGAUGCCUUGGAAAAGUUUUCAAAGGAAAAAAGGCCACCAAUUGGUUACCGCCCAUUUGUCGAAGCAUGUGUUGAUGCAGAUGAGAAAGGCGAAGCACUAAAGUACAUACCAAAGCUGACUGAUCCUCGUGAAAGAGCAGAGGCUUAUGCUCGAGUCGGAAUGGCCAAGGAGGCUGCUGAUGCUGCUACUCAGGCUAAAGAUAAUGAAUUACUUGGGAGGUUGAAGCAGACUUUUUCUCAAAAUGCAGCCGCUUCAUCAAUAUUUGACACACUGCGAGAUCGGUUAUCCUUCCCAAGUGUUUCUUGAUGCCAGCCAUCUCCUUGAUCCCCUCCCUUUGGUGUGAAGCCUCUUGUUGUUACGCAUCUUCUAAAUUAAUAUGAUUGAGGAUUGGUAGCGUUGGAGUAAUGCUGUUCCACAGCACGAUAAAAGAAGCCCUUGGAACCCGUCCGCUGCAUAUCCUCUCUCCUUACCUGUUUUUUCUAUGUAUCCGUGGCAUUUGAGGUUGUGGAAAUGUUUGAAUCCGGCAAUGAUUCCUUGUGUGUUGUUCUACACCCUGUAAAUAGCUUGGCUGGAAAUGAUAUAUGAAAGCAUGUGCUGAUGUUUCUCCCUGAA